UUCUUCUAGUUGCUGUCUUUAUUUUGAAAAAAUACACCUUCAUGUCCAGAAAACAACAACGACUUCGAGAUGAUGAUACCAAUCCCUGUGUAUUGGAAACAGAUGCUUCUAGAAAAUGUAUGGAGAAUAAUAACUACAAUAAGGAUAUGUGUACCAGCCAUUUUUUAAAAUACAAAAGCUGCAGAAAAUUUUGGAAUGGGAUCAUGAUACAGAGACGAAAGGAUGGAAUAAAGCCAGCUAUGCCUACAGCGGAAGAAAGAACAAAAAUCCUGGAAUCUACAGGAAUAACACCAUAUUGAUAAACCAGUGUUACUGGUUUAAGAUGUACAGUGGUUUUACUGUAAAUAAGAUGUUCUGGAAGGAAUAUUGAAAACU